GGUGACAUUGUUGUGUCUGGUGUAAGGAAUUUUACAGACACUCGACAAGCAUGACACCAAUGAAAUAUGCGAUACUUCUUUGUUGGUUGAGUUCAGUAGCGUUCGGAAAUGAGGGGAACAAUAGCGAUGAUGCUGAUGAUAUCAAGACCCUUCGCCAAGAAAUGAAAAUUUUGAAACAAACUAUGGAACAACAAUUUUUAUUCCAAGAAGAAGAGAUCACACAUCUGAAACAGAAAUUGUACUUGUCGGAAACAAAGAUAAUUGAUGAAAACAGUCCAGAACGGGAAAAGUCAAGACAGGGGCGUCUACUCCUUCAUCCACCCGUCAAUAGUUCUACAGCAGAAAACGUUCCAAAAAUAGCAUUUUCUGCCAACACAGUUACAGACCAUGUUAACCUUGGCGUACAUCAUACCUUGGUUUUUGGAAAGGCCUUAAGUAACGUAGGCAACUGUUAUCACCAUUCUACCGGAAACUUCAUUCCGAACGUCUCGGGAGUUUACGUCUUUGAUGUUCAAAUAGUUCUCUGCUCUCCUGGUCAUGAGUUACGCACAGAACUUGUACUGGAAGGCAAGGUAAUGGCGGCGCAUUACACAGGCGACUCAACGCAUUGCUCCAACGGUGGCGGAAUGGCGAUCUUCCACGUGAACGCUGGAGACAGUGUCUGGGUCAGAGUGAGGUCAUCUGAUGGCGGAAAUGGCAUAGCAUGGGAAAGCAGCUUCUCGGGAUUUCUCUUGUAUCCUGAUUCAUAAACUGAUGUUUUACCUGUUCCUAUUUUUAAUUUCAGUUUCUUUUACGUAAAUAGUACUGCAAGAUGAAAGAAUUUUAAAUUAGAUGACGUUACGGUGUGU